CACAUCUUUCUUUCGCACUCUUCAGACGAGCCGUGCAGCAAUAAUGCGCAAUCAAGCAAUCAAGCUACAUUCUGAAAACACAACAGGCGCAUUUCUUCCUUUGGAAGCGUCAGAACACGAUUAGAUCGCAGCAACAGCAAGCUCCCGGAGUGGUUUGAUAGGUCAUUCUGUUCCAUUUUGCUCCCCAAAAAUCUGCCAAAGAAUCACGAAACAAAGACAAACGCUACCGUACCGCGAUACGAGACAAAAGAACACGAYACCAUGAUCGCGAUCACGACCGAGGAGUUCAAGGAGGGCAUCGACAACAACAGCUUCGACCUGAUCCUCGACGUCCGCCGGCAGRACGAGUGGGACACCGGUCAUAUCCCCGGCGCCGUCCACCUUCCGGUCGAGACCCUUUCGGAGGACGGCUUCYGGGAKCUGGCAAAGAGCAACGCCGGGUACUCGUCGUGCGACAAGGCCCGCGCCAGGAUCGYGGUCUACUGCCGGGCCGGGAGCCGGGCCACCAAGGCGAUCCAGCAACUGGAGGAGAUGGGGCUGGAGGGGACCCUCUACAACGGGGGCGGGACCCGCCAGUGGGUGGAGGCCGGGUACGAGCUGACGAAAGAAUCCUCCCCCGAGCCACCAGCGGACGAAAGAGCCGUCGCACCGGAGGUGGAGGAAGGCGCCGGACCGGACGGGGCCUCCUAGCCGCCUGUUGGAACAGAUGGUCUGACACGUGGCGUGCGCGGACAACCGAGCUAGGUGAGCCAACAUGAGUUGCUGAGGAUAGGCUGGAACAAGKGAAUGGCGGUAGAUUCAAGUUGGAGCUAGCUAGCUAAUUGGAGGAUUAUCAAGCCAUGGCAGCUGGUGAUAAAGCUGUUAAUGGUGUCAGAAGACAGAUGUUACAGGCCGAGCUGGCAACAGAAGUGUCAGGGGACCCGAUACAGGAACCCUUGAAGUUGAAGAGAUCCAGGAGGGAUCCARGUAUCUUUAUUGAUCCACAGUGAAGCAAUAAAGGGAAGAGCAAAACAAUGAGUAUAAGAGGAGUGAAUUCCGGACAGAGGCCGUGAUUAUUAGAGCUACUAGGAGGAGAGCUUGUCAUAUUUCAAAGAAAUAGAGAAUAAGAUAGAGAACGCUUU